CAUUAGAAAUUGUAGUCCAUUAUGGUUACAUCAACCACCGCCGUGCUCUGUCGUUUCUUCCUCUUCCUCUUCCUCCUCCCUCUCUCCAUUAACGCCGCCACCUUCCAGAUCAUCAACAACUGCUCUUUCACCGUUUGGGCCGCAUGGGCCACCACCGGCCCUCAGGCAGGCGGUGGUAGCCAGCUCAACUCAGGUCAGUCCUGGACCAUCGACAUCAACGCCGGCUCCACUGGCGGCCGCAUAUGGGCACGCACUGGGUGCUCCUCUGACGGCAGAGGCUGCCAGACCGGCGACUGCGGGGUGCUGCAGUGCCAGGGCUACGGCCGAGAGCCCAACACCCUCGCCGAGUUCUCCCUCAACCAGAGCAACAACCUCGACUUCUUCGACAUCUCCAACGUGGCCGGCUACAACGUGGGGAUAGACUUCAGCCCCACCACCGGCGGGUGCCGAGGGAUCCAGUGCUACGCCAACAUCGUGAGGGAGUGCCCGGCGGCGCUGAGGGCGCCGAGGGGCUGCAACGACCCCUGCACCGUGUUCGGGACGCCGCAGUACUGCUGCACCAAUGGACCGUGUGAGCCCACGGAUUUUUCAAGGUUCUUUAAGAAGCGGUGCCCGGACGCCUACAGCUACCCGCAGGACGAUCAGACCAGCACGUUUACCUGCCCUGGCGGCACCAGCUACAGAGUCACCUUCUGCCCCGGACACGUUCCUAAAAUCACGCAGGGCAACGAUAGCAAUAUUGUCAAUAUUGGCAAUAUUAAGCUCGUAGUUACUAUAAGAUUAAGCCAAUAAGUUUUACAAGGAUCUACUGGACACGUUUCUACGAUCAUGAUGAAUAAAAAAUAGUAUGCUGAAUUCAACGUAAGGUCUUCGCAGCGACCUUACGUGGAUUCGCUAAUAUGUUCGCUAA